AUGGUGAGGAAAAAGGUACCGGAAUGGCUGAAUAGCACCAUGUGGUCUACUCCUCCUCCGCCGUCUUCCAACGACGAUGUUCUCCUCCACCAUUCCCCCGCCACUAAAAUUUCGUCGAUGAAGGAGCAGAUAGAACCGAUCUCCGUUACUUCCAGGCUUAAUUCUGCUCCUCCGCCUUCCACCGCUUCUUCGGUUCCAUCGCCGUCGACUAGACCGCGUAACGGUAGCAGUAUUUCUGGCGGCAGUGGCGAAUAUGGAAAAUCCGUUGGUCCUUCCUCGGAGGAUUUGUCCCGCCAGGUUCAUCUCACAGCGGAGUUAUCGAAGAAGGUGAUCAAUAUGAAGGAGUUGAGGAGUCUAGCUUUACAAAGUUUGCCGGAUUCUCCUGGAAUCCGUUCUACUGUCUGGAAGCUUUUGCUUGGUUACUUGCCACCUGAACGUUCACUGUGGUCGACUGAAUUGAAACAAAAGAGAUCCCAAUACAAGCACUAUAAGGACGAGCUUCUGACGAGCCCUUCAGAAAUCACAUGGAGACUGGUGAGGUCAAAGGGAUUUGACAAUUAUGACUUGAAGAGUGAAAGCCGAUGCAUGCUUGCCCGAUCCAGACUAACUGACGAGGACCAUCCUUUAAGCCUAGGGAAGGCAAGCAUCUGGAAUACAUACUUCCAGGAUACGGAGACCAUAGAACAGAUAGACAGAGAUGUCAAGCGUACACAUCCAGACAUACCCUUCUUCUCCGGUGAAUCAUCAUUUGCGCAUUCUAAUCAGGAAUCUAUGAAGAAUAUACUGCUUGUGUUUGCCAAGUUAAAUCAAGGCAUCAGAUAUGUUCAAGGGAUGAACGAAAUUUUAGCACCUAUAUUCUAUGUAUUCCGAAACGACCCUGAUGAAGAUAGUUCAUCCCAUGCUGAAGCUGAUGCAUUCUUCUGCUUUGUUGAACUGUUGAGUGGGUUUCGAGACUUCUACUGUCAACAACUUGACAAUAGCGUGGUUGGAAUUCGCUCCGCAAUAACAAGGCUCUCACAGCUUGUUAAGAAGCAUGACGAGGAACUUUGGCGUCAUCUAGAGAUCACCACGAAAGUAAACCCACAGUUCUAUGCAUUUAGGUGGAUCACUCUCCUCCUUACACAAGAGUUUAGCUUUUUCGACUGUCUUCACAUAUGGGAUGCACUCUUAAGCGACCCCGAAGGUCCUCUGGAAAGCUUACUCGGAAUAUGUUGUGCGAUGUUGGUACUGGUGAGGAGGAGGUUGAUCGCUGGAGAUUUCACAUCGAAUAUGAAAUUACUUCAACACUAUCCAACUACCAACAUCAGCCAUCUCUUGUAUGUAGCUAAUAAACUUCGCUCCAAAAUGUUAGUGUAA